CCAUUCUUUUACCCUUCUUUUUUUUUUGAGCCUUAACCCAUUCUUUUACUCAAUUCAUGGAUUUUCUUGGUAAUUUUUACAGUUCAUGAUACCAGCAUUUUACCAAAGUUGUAGCUUUAUGAUAGGCAAAUGGGAGAAAUUGGUAUCUGCUGAGGGAUCUUGUGAAUUAGAUGUGUGCCCUGAUUUAGUAUGUUUGGCAAGUGACGCCAUUUCUCGAACCGCAUUUGGAAGCAACUAUGAGGAAGGAGAAAGAAUUUUCAAGUUGCAACAAGAACAAGUUGAAUUGAUAAUGCAAGCAUUGGAGUCAGUUUACAUUCCUGGGUGGAGGUUUCUUCCAACCAAGAUAAACAAUAGGAUGAAGGAAGUUGCAAGGGAAGUAAGGACCAUAAUAAAAGGUCUCAUCCACAAAAGAGAGAAGGCAAUGAAAGCCGGUGAGGCAGCCAAUGAUGACUUGUUGGGUACUCUUUUGGAGUCAAAUCUUAGAGAAAUCAAAGAACACGGAAGAAAUAAGACUAUUGGAGUGAGCAUGGAUGAUGUGAUUGAAGAGUGUAAGCUAUUUUACUUCAUCGGACAAGAGACAACUUCCAGUACCCUCAGUUGGACAAUGGUUCUAUUGGCACAAUAUCAAAAUUGGCAAUCUCGUGCAAGAGAAGAGGUAUUAUCUAUCUUUGGCAACAACAAACCAGAUUUCGACAGCUUGAAUCGCUUAAAAAUAGUAACCAUAAUUUUGUAUGAAGUUCUCAGACUCUAUCCACCAGGACCUAUGCUUAUUCGGUCUACACAGAAGGAAACAAAGCUAGGAAAUUUGACGCUACCUGCUGAGGUUCAACUUGCAAUGCCAACAAUUCUUGUACACCAUGAUCCUGAAUUUUGGGGAGAUGAUACCAAGGAUUUUAAACCAGAAAGGUUUGCUGAAGGAGUUUCAAAGGCGACGAAAAAUCAAGUCUCUUAUUUUCCCUUCGGAUGGGGUCCUAGAAUAUGCAUUGGACAAAACUUUGCUCUAAAUGAGUUAAAAUUGGCCAUCGCAAUGAUUCUACAACGCUUUUGGUUCGAACUUUCCCCUUCCUAUGCCCAUGCUCCUGCCCCUUCUCUAACCCUUCGUGCACAGCAUGGAGUUCAUUUGAUCUUGCAUAAAACCUAGCUCAAGCUGUAUUACAAUUCUAAGCAGACUUGUUAAAAAAAAAAAAAAGGAAUAAACCUCACAUUUACUU